UUUUAGUUUGUAAUUUAAUAGUGUUUUAAUUUUUUAAUUCUAGAGUAGCUAUUGAAUUAGUUUAAUUGGAAAUAUGGAACGUAAAGGUUGUGAUUUAAGAAGCGAAGAACAAAAGGCUCGAGUUAAGAAGUACAAUGACAGUCGAAGAAAAGGAAUGAAAUCUUUCGGACUAUUUGCUAGUGGUGCGGAUAACUCAGGAGACGGUUCUAAACAGAAAAGUUCUGAACUUGUUGCUCAAAGUAGGAAUAAGCGAAAGAGAGAUGAAAGUUUUUAUCGGUGGCCAGAUAUCCAUGAUCAACCAGCUGAUUCAUGUGAUUUUGAACCAGAUUUAAACCAAACUGUACCCCAAUUCCUGCAAAGUGCUCUUGAAAGUUUUUCUCUCUUAGAGCAAAAUACUGGACUGUCUAGUGAAAUCAUGAAAUCAGCUAAUGACCGUCUUGACAAAAUGAAGAAGGAUAAAAGAGCAGUGAAAAGAAACAAAGAAUGUUUAGAUGAAGCUUGGUUAGAAAUGGAACAAGAGGUCUUCUCUGCAUUUGUUUGUUCAAAAGCCUGUUUGAAAAAAGAAUGUGAAUCCUGCUUUGAGAAACACGAAAUCCUGAUUAAGUGUUAUCACUGUAAAAAGCAUUUAUGUGCUCAAUGUGAUUUAGUUCCUCACUUAAAUAGUCCUUUUCAUCAAAGAAUAGUUUUUUUUAUUGAUUUCACAUCAAAACAUCUGUUGUCUCAUGAAUUUAUAGAUCCCAAAAGUGGAGUUGUUUUUCAGAAAGAAAUAGCUGUUCCUGUUUUUAGUCGAAAUUCCUGCAAAAAUUGUAAUCAGACUGGAACUGUUUCCUCCCUAGCGGGAUCUAAACCAUGUAUUGUGGUCACUAUGGAUGGAAGAUUUGAUUUGUACGAAUCAGUAUUUCAGUGUAAAAGUUGUGAUUCAAUUUACCCUGCAGAAAUUUAA